UGAGGGCUGCCUUUCACAGCACAGUGGAGUGAGGACACACAGGGUCCAGCGAAUAGGGAAGCAGAGAAUCAGGAACUGUACAACUGCCAAUACUCCCCAGUCUUUCAUCAGACAGCUCAAUUGUCAGCAAGGGUUCCCCCGCCCCUCCUUGCUAAAGAUCGUUCAGCUGGCAUUACUGAUUGAAUCCUUGGCUUAUUGUAAAAAAUCUGUGAUGGCUUUCAAUCUGGAGAUCAGCCUCUAAUCCCCUCCAUCAGACUCAGGACCAUGGCAUAUUGCCACAGCUACUCUCAGUGUACACCUGGAGUUCUCACUGUCUACACACACUUCCUCUAAUCAAAGGGAGAGGUGUAUGUGUGUGGGGGGGAAGUGUUUGUAAAAAUGCUUGCUGCUCCUGGUCAGUGUUAAAGGUGGAGUGUGUGCAUGUGUGGGGGGUGGUGUCCAUACUCUCUGAGCUUUAACCAAAGUGAUAACCUGCAGCUAUGGAGUCACCAACUAAAGAAAUUGAAGAAUUUGAGAGCAACUCUCUGAAAUAUCUACAGCCAGAACAAAUCGAGAAAAUCUGGCUUCGUCUGCGAGGAUUGAGAAAAUACAAGAAAACAUCACAGAGGUUGCGGUCUUUGGUAAAGCAAUUAGAGAGAGGAGAGGCUUCGGUUGUAGACCUAAAAAAGAAUUUGGAAUAUGCAGCUACCGUACUUGAAUCAGUGUACAUUGAUGAGACUAGGCGUUUAUUGGACACAGAAGAUGAGCUCAGUGAUAUUCAGUCAGAUUCCGUGCCCUCUGAGGUCCGGGAUUGGUUGGCCUCCACCUUCACGCGGCAGAUGGGGAUGAUGCUUAAAAGGUCUGAGGAAAAGCCCCGGUUCAGGAGCAUCGUCCAUGCAGUGCAAGCUGGUAUAUUCGUGGAGAGAAUGUACAGACGGACAUCAAAUAUGGUUGGCCUGAGCUACCCACCAGCUGUAAUUGGAGUGCUAAAGAAUGUAGACAAGUGGUCCUUUGAUGUAUUUGCACUGAAUGAUGCUAGCGGGGAUCAUGCGCUGAAAUUCAUUUUCUACGAACUUCUCACACGCUACGAUCUGAUCAGCCGUUUCAAGAUUCCCAUUUCUGCUCUUGUCUCCUUUGUGGAAGCACUGGAAGUUGGAUACAGCAAACAUAAAAAUCCUUAUCACAAUCUAAUGCACGCAGCAGAUGUUACACAGACUGUACAUUAUCUCCUUUUUAAGACAGGUGUGGCGCACUGGCUGACAGAGCUGGAGAUCUUUGCUAUGAUCUUCGCAGCUGCCGUCCAUGACUAUGAACACACUGGAACCACCAACAAUUUUCACAUUCAGACACGGUCAGAUUCAGCCAUUCUGUACAAUGACCGAUCUGUGCUCGAAAAUCACCAUGUCAGUGCAGCCUAUCGCCUUUUGCAAGACGACGAGGAGAUGAACAUUUUGUCUAACCUCUCAAAGGAUGAUUGGAGGGAAUUCAGGGCCUUGGUGAUAGAGAUGGUGUUGGCCACUGAUAUGUCCUGUCACUUCCAGCAAAUCAAAGCCAUGAAGAAUGCUUUGCAGCAGCCAGAAGGAAUCGACAAGCCGAAAGCCUUAUCACUGUUGUUGCAUACAGCAGACAUCAGUCAUCCAGCCAAGGCCUGGGACCUUCAUCAUCGCUGGACCAUGUCCUUGCUAGAGGAGUUCUUCAGACAGGGUGACAAAGAAGCAGAACUAGGGCUUCCUUUCUCCCCACUGUGUGACCGCAAGUCCACUAUGGUAGCUCAGUCUCAGAUAGGUUUUAUUGAUUUCAUUGUGGAGCCCACUUUUACUGUGCUGACAGACAUGACAGAGAAGAUUGUAACACCACUAAUUGAUGAAGCCUCCCGCUCUGGUAUAACUGGAUUUAGACGUUCCAGUUUGAAUAGCAUUAGCCCCUCAGAAGUUAAAAGAUCAAGUGUCAAGAGCACUGGGUCAGAAGGAAGUGCCUCACUCAACUGUUCCAUACUCACUGUGGAUUUCAAAUGUUUUAAAGCCACCUGGACCGAGGUGGUGCAGCAGAACCGGGAGAAAUGGAAAGCAAAAGCAACCAAAGAAGAAAAAGCUAAGAAAGAAGCUGAGGAAAAUGCUCAUCAGGGACCAGAGGAAAAGAAAACAGAAGAAAACGAGGAGAAAAGUCCAGCCGAGGAUACCACGACAGCCACGUCAGAAAACAGCAAAGAACCAAAUCCUGGGGAAAGUAAGAGCACAGAAUCUAGCAAAGGUCAUGUAAAUGGGACUCAGCAAAGUGGUGUGAACAAACUCGAAGCCUCUCAUGGGAAAAAACAGUCUAGAGCGGACAAGGGCAGUGAGUCUCACCAAGCGACAGGAGAGGAGAAACAGCAUGUCCAAAAUGGUGAAUUAAAGGAUGAUAAUAACCAGUCAGACGAGAAAGAUCAGUCUAGUAUGGGAAAUGAAUCAAAGAAAACAGAUGGUUCAAAGCGACAUUCAAAUGAGGCACCAGGCUCAGGUUCCACGACAAGCCGCCUUACGUUGCCAGCUAUCAAACCUCAACUGCGCCAUUUCAAGAGACCCAGUUACCACUCAGGAACUCACUUCCCACCCUUUCACAAGAAAUCCGAGGAACAUCUGGUGAGAUACAAGCUGCUCGACCAGAGGGGCAGGAUGAAAAAGAUUCAACAUAUUUCUCAGAACUGGAACAGGAAAUAGAAGAAGAAAGGAAGUUCACACUGCUCUUUGCAAGCUGAUGAAGGACAUUGUGUAAUAAUCAUGGAUCAUUUUAAUUCUGCACCAAGUGGGGAGUAAUCCAAGAUGCAAGCAAGUAUAUGAUUUAGCCAAAUAAUUCCAUGGAAUCUUCCAGUAGAACCAUUCUCAAUAGUGUUCCUUAUUGCUGGAAUAUUCUCACAUUUAGGGCUAAAAUAUUGGGCUGUUACUUUAAAUUGUCAAAAGUAAAUCUGCUUACAUAGAGUUACUAUCAAAUUAAGAAUGGUAUAGAUUCUGAGAUUUUAAGACCAUCUAGUCUGAUCUUCUGGAUAACACAGGGCAUAUAGAACUUCCCCCAGUAAUUUCUGCAUUGAACCCACUAUCAUGUGUGAGGUCCUGCCUAGCCUAGCUUUAAACUGAUCGUAUUAUGAAUAAGACGCCUGACAAUUAUACUACAAUAGGGAUUGAGAAAUAAGUACAAGGAAUGGGAGAUGAACACCUCCCCGCUAAUUUCACAGAUGAGGGGAAAAAAAGAAAGCAUAACAUCACAUUAAAAUGCAUGAGGCUUAUUUAGCUUUGUUCAGCUACUAAUAGAUGUUUCUGGCUUUUGGCCCAUUGAUCAAUAUGGAGAAUGGAAUCCAAGUCUAUGAGGCCACACUCCUCCAAAGCUUUGUAUGUAGGAAGGAACCCCUAGAUUUAGAGAAGCUGGGUAGAACAAAUACCUAAUACAGAAGCAAAGUGGUAGGAAUAGGAGAGGGUCGCAGUCUCAUCACAUAUGUACUCAACUUCAGUCUCUCCGUAAAGAGCACUAAACAGGACCAUAUUCAUCUUUAGUUCUCUAAGAGUUUUCAUUCCUGGAAAUGAUGUCUCUAAAAGGCAUUGCUACAAAUGAUGUUAGGUAGUGAAAACUAAUUGGUUGGAGCUGUGACAUUAUCCCCACUGAUUAUCCCCAUUUCAAUAAUACAUGAAGUAGUGAAGUUCCAGGGUCAACAUCACAAGGUGACAUGUCUCUUUGGUCCCACAGGUGUAAUAGCAGAGUUACCCAUCCUGCCUCUUGUCCUAUUUGGCUAUAGGCUACAGAUGUGUAAGUCUGCCUGACAUCAGAACGGCUACAUUUGAUGUGCAUAACAUUGUGGUGCCACAUAGAUAGCACAAUAAGGGCUAAGUAUUGUGGGGAAAAUUGCUGGAUAAUGUUAUAGGCACUGCAAUUCUUCAUUAGAGAUUACCUUGCCGUUCUUUGCGCACUAGCCUAGGUCCUGUAGCAUUUCACAGAUGGCUGCUGACACUGAGCAAAAUAGGCGACCUCAGCAUAUUGCUCCUACUUGCAAUUACAUUAUUGUCUUCCUCUUAAGUAGCACAUCAGCUGCACAACUGAUGUCACUGCCUGUCAAUUAACUCCAUCCUAUUGGCUGUCUUCUCUCUAUGCAUUUGGUUUCUAUGUUCUGUUUUCCUCAAAUACUAUCAGAAUUCUUAUCACUAUAGAGUCUUCGGUUACUGUGCUCCCCAGCAACGUAAAUGCAGUGAAAUGUGGUAUAUACUUUGAAGUCAUCUGUUACUAAAAUGUUGAAAACCUGAUUUAUAUCUGGGAAUUCUCGGCCUGAUGAAGAGCAGAUAUUUUCACUACAUAUUGCUUGUAAAGUGCCCUGAAAUGUUUUACCUGACUGGGUUGUAUAGAAAUGCAAAAUAUUAUUAUUCCAAAUGAG